CCGCAAGGUCAGAAUCGGCGCCACAUCGUCGGACUUGAGUAAUUUCCGGCGAUCUCUCCGAUUCGCCUGUGGACAACAUAUCUACGGUUCCCCAGCUAAAGGAGGGUGUUGAGUUUGUUUCUUGCAAUGGCAUCUGCUCCAUCGAGAAGCGAAGUCCUCCACCUCUGCCGAUCCCUGCUUCGGGUGGCACGCGUAUUCAGUGAUUACAACAUCAGAGAGUACACAAAGCGAAGGACGGUAGAUGGAUUCCGCCUGAAUCAGAGUCUCACAGACCCAGAGAAAGUGUACGUGGCCUUUGAAGAAGGGAAGGCGCAGCUGGAGGUCGCCAAACGGCAGGCAGCAGUCUACUCGCUCUACACUCCGAAGACCAAGAGCAUCAUGGACAUCAAGCUCCAGUAGGCAGCCGUCUACGAGAAAUUGUCGGGUGAAGAGGACACAUCCUAGUAUUUUGGGUUAGAAAAUACAUUAAGCAGAGCAUCUUGCGAGAA